UAUGUUGGAGUACGGAUGCCUUUAGUGAGACAGGGUCACAGACAUCACAGACCUCAUGGCCAGAAACACCGCAAGCGAGAUCGGGCAAAGGAAAACAUUCCAGAUCAGGAGUCCCAUGAUACUCCAUCUCAGCGAGUGCAGUUUAUUCUUGGCAUGGAGGAGGAUGAGGAACAUGUGCCCCAUGACUUGUUCACAGAGAUGGAUGAAAUCUGCAUUAAAGAGGGCGAAGAGUCAGAGUGGAAGGAAACGGCAAGGUGGGUGAAGUUCGAGGAAGAUGUGGAAGAUGGCGGCGAGCGCUGGAGCAAGCCGUAUGUGGCCACUCUUUCAUUGCACAGCCUCUUCGAACUGAGGAGCUGCAUCAUCAAUGGGAUUGUCCUUCUGGAUAUGACUGCGAACAGCACAGAAGACAUUGCAGACAUGGUUCUGGAUCAGCAUGAACCUUGUAGUGAUUUUGAUGAAAGUGUCCGUAAGAAAGUCUGGGAAGCUCUCCUGAAGAAGCAUCACCACCAGAAUGAGAAGAAGAAAAACAACCUCCUCCCCAUUGUCCGCUCUUUUGCUGAAGUCGGCCAGAAGAAGUCAGACCCACACUCGAUGGAUAAGACAGGAAUGAACCCACUGAAUCUCCAGCCUCCUUCUCACUCCUUAGAUGUCAGAAAUGGACUGAGCCAUGAUACUACCCCAACGGACUUGAGCAAAGCAGAACUUCAUUUUAUGAAGAAGAUCCCUGUGGGAGCAGAAGCUUCCAAUGUUCUAGUGGGAGAGCUGGAUUUCCUCACUCGACCCAUUGUUGCCUUCGUGCGCUUAACACCAGCUGUUCUGCUUCAGGGCAUGACUGAGAUUCCACUCCCGACCAGAUUCUUAUUUAUCUUGCUGGGCCCAUUAGGGAAAGCCCAGCAGUAUCAUGAAAUUGGAAGGUCAAUGGCUACCCUCAUGACUGACGAGGUUUUCCAUGAUGUUGCUUACAAAGCCAAGGACCGCUCUGAUCUUUUGGCGGGCAUUGAUGAAUUUUUAGACCAGGUGACAGUCCUGCCACCUGGAGAAUGGGAUCCAUCAAUUAGAAUUGAGCCACCCAAAAAUCUCCCUUCCCAGGAAAAGCGGAAGACUCCAGGAACUCCAGGAAUCCCUAAUGGAAGUGUCUGUCAUGAUGAAGCAGAAGAUCACAGCGGGCCUGAGCUCCAGAGAACAGGAAGGCUCUUUGGCGGUUUGAUCUUGGAUGUGAAACGGAAAGCUCCCUGGUACUGGAGCGACUAUAGAGAUGCUUUGAGUUUGCAGUGUUUAGCCUCCUUCCUCUUCCUGUACUGUGCCUGCAUGUCUCCUGUGAUUACGUUUGGGGGGUUGCUUGGAGAAGCAACAGAGGGACAAAUCAGUGCCAUAGAAUCCUUGCUUGGAGCCUCCAUGACGGGGGUGGUGUAUUCCCUCUUUGCCGGUCAGCCUCUCACUAUCUUGGGGAGUACCGGGCCGGUGCUGGUCUUCGAGAAAAUUUUGUUCAAGUUCUGCAAAGAGUACGGGCUUUCUUACCUUUCCCUGCGAACAUGCAUUGGCCUUUGGACUACUUUCAUGUGCAUCUUGCUUGUGGCAACCGAUGCCAGCUCUCUCGUCUGCUACAUAACUCGCUUUACAGAAGAAGCGUUCGCCUCUUUGAUCUGCCUCAUUUUCAUCUUCGAGUCUCUAGAGAAAUUACUAAAGCUGGGGCGGACUUACCCGGUUCAUAUGCAUAGUGAUCUUGACCAACUGAGCUUGUAUUUUUGCAGAUGUUCAGCCCCAGAGAAUCCCAGCAAUGAGACUGUGGAGUUGUGGAACAGCAAAAAGAUCAAUCCUUCAGCAGUUUCAUGGGCGAAUCUCACAGUCUCUCAAUGCCAGGAGAUGCUCGGAGAAUUCACAGGACCUACAUGUGGACACGACGGCCCUUUUAUCCCUGAUGUUCUCUUCUGGUCCUGCAUCUUGUUCUUUACUACUUUUAUCCUGUCAAGUGCACUGAAGACUUUCAAAGCCAGUAGCUAUUUCCCAACAAAAGUGCGUUCCAUGAUAGGCGACUUUGCUAUCUUCAUCACCAUUGUGAUCAUGGUCUUGAUUGACUACUUAAUUGGAAUCCCGUCACCGAAGCUUAACGUCCCCCACACUUUCAUGCCAACAAGAGAUGACCGUGGGUGGCUCAUUAGUCCCAUAGGGUCCAACCCAUGGUGGACAGUGGUCGCAGCGAUCAUUCCAGCUUUGCUCUGUACCAUUCUGAUAUUUAUGGACCAGCAAAUCACAGCAGUCAUCGUGAACAGGAAGGAACAUAAACUUCAGAAAGGGUGCGGCUACCACUUGGACCUUCUUAUGGUGGGCAUCAUGCUUGGUGUAUGUUCAGUGAUGGGGUUGCCUUGGUUUGUUGCUGCCACAGUCCUUUCCAUCAGCCAUGUGAAUAGUCUCAAAGUGGAGUCCACCACGGCAGCUCCUGGAGAGCAACCUAAAUUCCUGGGCAUACGUGAGCAAAGAGUUACUGGACUGUUGAUCUUUGUAUUAAUGGGCAUCUCGGUUUUUAUCACAGGUGUGCUAAAGUUCAUACCGAUGCCUGUCCUUUAUGGAGUGUUCCUGUACAUGGGUGUUUCGUCUCUUAGAGGAAUUCAGUUCUUUGAUCGCCUGAAGCUCUUUGCAAUGCCAACCAAACACCAGCCAGACUUUAUUUAUUUGCGACAUGUUCCACUGCGAAAAGUGCACCUCUUCACUGCCAUUCAGCUGACGUGUCUCGUCCUCCUCUGGGUCAUUAAGGCAUCUCGUGCGGCGAUCAUCUUUCCUAUGAUGGUUUUGGCAUUGGUCUUUGUCCGGAAGCUCAUGGAUGUCUGCUUUGAAAAGCGGGAACUCAGCUGGCUUGAUGACCUCAUGCCUGAGAGCAAGAAGAAAAAACUAGAUGAUGCAAAAAAGGUGGCAGAUGAACAAGAGGCAUCUCAGAAGAUGGUGGAUGCUCCUCAACAGACUGUAAUUGACAUUCCUGUGGUAAAAGCAAAAUAUCUGACAGUCCCUGGAACUGAAGAACCUCAACACCAGAGUAUCUCACUAAAAAAUAACCGGCUUGAUCCUGCAGACAUUAACAUCUCGGAUGAGAUGUCUAAGACUGCAAUGUGGAAGACCCUCACCAUGAAUACAGGAAAGCUCUAA